AUGUACGGAAUUCCACUGCCGCCCUCUCUCCAAAAGUCAGUCGACGAGACCAAAGUCGAGUACUCCCAGGUUGGCUCCUCUGGCCUGCGAGUUUCUUUGCCUAUAUUGGGCGCAUUAUCGUUCGGCACACCGCAGCCAGUGGCACCUUGGCUCCUCAAUGAAGCAGCCUCCAUGGAAGUCUUGAAGGCCGCCUAUGAUUGUGGGAUCAAUACCUGGGACACCUCCAACGUGUAUUCCAAUGGUGAGAGUGAAGAGAUCAUCAGAAAAUUUAUCCAGAAGUUCAACAUCCCGCGCCAAAAGGUCGUGAUCAUGACCAAAUGUGGAUUCCAUGUGGGCGAAGAGAAAAACGUUAUCGGUGCCGCGUUUGCGGACCAGAUGAACCAGUCUAAGGAUUAUACCAAUCAAGGAGGGUUGACCCGGUCCGGUAUCUUCUAUCAAGUUGAACAAUCACUGGCCCGUCUCGGAACCACGUACAUCGACCUGUUGCAAAUCCAGCGUUAUGAUCCUCUCACUCCACCAGAAGAGACAAUGAAGGCGUUACAUGACCUGGUUCAAGCAGGAAAGGUCCGUUAUAUCGGCGCGAGCUCCAUGUGGGCCACACAAUUUGCUCAGCUACAAUUCCUUGCUGAGCAACAGGGCUGGACAAAGUUCAUCAGCAUGCAAAACUACUACAAUCUCUGCUAUCGCGAAGAAGAACGGGAGAUGAAUCGUUACUGUAAAGAAACUGGCGUCGGCCUUAUCCCUUGGUCGCCCCUUUUUGCUGGACGAUUGGGACGCCCCGUCGAAGACGAAAGUUCAACUCGAUCCAAGCGCCCAUCUUAUCACCAUUCGUCUAUGACUGAAGGCGACAAGGCUAUAAUCCGUCGCGUUGAAACUGUGGCCAACCAAAAGGGGUGGAAUAUGAGCCAUGUCGCUCUGGUAUGGCUCACGAGUAAAGGGACUAUUCCAAUUGUUGGUUGCACUUCAGUUGAUAGGGUGGAAGACAUGGGUGGUCUAAAAGGGAAAACACUGACAGACGAAGAGGUGAAGUACCUUGAGGAGCCAUAUGAAGCCAGACCGGUAGCUGGUCAUUUUUAG